CCCAGCUCGGCCCUCGGGGCUCGUCCGAAGCCUACAGGGCCGGAGCCCGAGCCCCAUACACGGUGUGGGAGGCGUGCACUCGUGGCGGUGGCCGAGGUAGGUGCCCAGCGGGGCGCGCCUAGGGGGCCCCGUCUCUGGCCGGCGUCUUCCCGGGCGGCUGGGAAGUGCGGGCAGCUGUCUCUGGCGCAGUUCGUUUCGGGUGAUCGUCUUUGCCUUCCCGGGGGGUUCUUAUUCUUUCAGCGUUCCCUCAACUCCAAGUUGCAGAUGCUUGAGGCCGGGAGCUGCGCGCCUUCUGAGACGCUGCCAGAGAGAGACUGGCAGAUGCCUGCGUCGCGGCUGACCUCUGCUCCUGACCUCGUGUUCUUUAAUUUCUGAGUCACGACCCGGCUGGGUUUUCUUAUUGGACUCAUUGAUCUUGCCCUCAGGACACGGAGACACUGAAGGGGCUUCAUUCCUCAGCCUUGGUGAACUUGCUACGUGUCCCUUAAACGCAAACCUUCCGGGCGGUGCGACCCCAGCGGCCGCCGAGGUCUCUGUCCUACCUGGCUUGGGGGCUUGCCCCCACCGACGCCCGAGAAGCGAUCCUAAACCCCUUGUUCCCCAGAGCCGCCGAGCACUCCGCCCCGAGGAUGGCUCUGCGACCUUCGGAUGAGACCGAGCUCCAGGACAAGGUGUGCUACCCACCGGAGAGGCUGCAGAACAGCCCCCAACCCCUAGCUGCCUACUACGCACCUUUUGCCGCCUACGGCCCCUACAGGAGCGCCCUGAGCGCGGCAGAGGAUUUCCAACCUUUCCAGCAGCUGGACGGCGCCGUAGCCGCGCCCCAGGCCAUGGCCUCCUUCGCCUUCCGGAUGGCACCUCCCUUGUUGAGUCCCAGUCUGGCUCUCCAGCGGGAACCGUUCUACGAUGUGCCCUGGUACAGCAAGUGGCCGCCGUGGUACCCGAUCGCCCACCUCCCUGGGGAGGUGCCAUACUUAAUGAGCGGCGGCCGCGAGUACGCGGGCGCCAGCAACGAGGAUUUGGGCCGCAGCGACGGGGCCCAGUACUGUGGCCCCGAGCCUGUAACGCUGCCGGCCUCUGCGGAGGCGUCCCUGGUCCCUGAGGGGCUGAAGUCUGCUCAGUUAGCGUCUUGCUCCCCGCCAAAGCAGUCUGAGGAUGGCCCCAAGGCUCCGAGCCCGGAGAGGAAGUCGCCUCAACGUUUCCACUUCACCGAGGAGGACCUGCAGUUGGUUCUGUAUGGGAUCACUCCCAGCCUGGAGCACCCAGCCCUCCUGCAGCACGCCGUUUCCGGCGUCCCGGUCCCCGCAGACAGCGCUGCCUCAGGGUCUGAUUCGCUUCCUCAAACUCUGGACAAAGACUCCCUUCAACUUCCAGAAGGUCUCCGCCUCCUGCGGACGAUGUUUGGGAAAGUCUCGCAUUUUGGGGUGUUCUGCAGCAGCUUCAUUGCCAAGGGAGUCAGGUUCGGGCCCUUUCAAGGCAAAGUGGUCCAAGCCAGCGAAGUCAAGACCUGCCGAGACAAUUCUGUGAUGUGGGAGAUCUUUGAAGAUGGUCAUUUAAGCCACUUUAUAGAUGGAAAAGGCACUGGGAACUGGAUGUCCUAUGUCAACUGUGCCCGCUUCCCCAAGGAGCAGAACCUAGUUGCCGUGCAGUGCCAAGGGCAGAUAUUUUAUGAGAGCUGCAAGGAGAUCUACCAGAACCAAGAGCUCCUUGUGUGGUAUGGAGACUGCUAUGAGAAGUUCCUGGACAUUCCUGUGAGUCUCCAGGUCACAGAGCCCGGCAAGCAGGCAACCAGGCCCUCUGAAGAGUCUGCAGAAGGUUACAGAUGUGAGAGAUGUGGGAAAGUGUUUACCUACAAAUACUACAGAGAUAAGCACCUCAAGUACACCCCCUGCGUGGACAAGGGUGAUAGGAAAUUUCCCUGUUCUCUCUGCAAACGGUCCUUUGAGAAGCGGGACCGGCUCCGGAUCCACAUCCUCCAUGUUCAUGAGAAGCAUCGGCCUCACAAGUGCUCCACCUGUGGGAAGUGUUUCUCUCAGUCUUCCAGCCUGAACAAACACAUGCGUGUCCACUCUGGAGACAGACCGUACCAGUGUGUAUAUUGCACAAAGAAAUUCACUGCCUCCAGCAUACUCCGCACACAUAUAAGACAGCACUCCGGGGAGAAGCCCUUCAAAUGCAAGUACUGUGGCAAAUCUUUUGCAUCGCACGCGGCCCAUGACAGCCAUGUCCGGCGCUCCCACAAGGAGGAUGAAGGCUGCUCUUGCAGUGUUUGUGGACAGACCUUCACAGGUCAGGACGCUGUCUGCUCGCACAUGAAGUCUCACGAACACUACUAGCCCUCACAGCAUGGGCAGUGUGGAGACUGGGGACACGGAUUCUCUGUCAAAAUGUCCUGGGGUAGGUGUGUCGAAUGAACAAGUGAUGGCAAUAUUGAAUGAGAAGCAGAAAAGUAGAACUGACCCGUCUGCUGAAUUUGCCGGAUCUAUUGACCUUGGUUUUACAGGUUUCACAGAAAUGGUUCCUGGAGCUUUUAACAAAAAUGGAAUUUUGGCAGACUUAACAAGAAGUGAUGAAAGCUGGAGGGGUGAUUGUGCUCGGGGUCUGAAAACAACACAUACUCUGAGAGUGACUCGCAGUCCCUGUGGUACAGAGGCUGGGGCAGGUUUCCAGAUUUUGUAAUGAGAGGGAAGGAAGCCUAUUCUUCAACAGGUUCAUUGCCUUGGACCCUCACCUGUACUGUUUGUGGCCAUCACCUGCUCUAUUUCUGCAUAAAAAAAUUCUUUAAAAAUCUAUCCAAGCUAAUGUUUCAUUACUGUUGAAACUAAGUAUUCAGGCAUGAAUCUUUUUGUUUAAAGAUUUACUUAUUUAUUUGAAUAGCUGAGUUACAGGGAGGGAGAGAGAUUUUCCAUCUGCUGGCUCACUCCCCAAAUGGUCACAAGGGUGGGAGCUGGGCCAUUCUGAAGCCAGGAACCAGGAGAUUCUUCCUUGUCUCCCACAUGGGUGCAGGGGCCCAAGCACUUGGGCCAUCCUCUGCUGCUUUCCCAGGCACAUUAGCAGGGAGCUGGAUUGGAAGUGGAGCAGCUGGGAUGUGACCUGUUGCCUAUGUGGGUGUUGCAGGCAGAGGCUUAACCUUCUACACCACAGUGCUGGCUCCAUGAACUAAUCUUCCCUC